AUGCUAUCAAAGACUAGGGAUGUUACUGCACAUAACAUCUAUAGUAUUUAUAACAAGCUUUUCUCUCAUCUUGAUGAAGUUGAGAGCAAGUUAAAGAAUAAAGGAGUUAUCUGGAAGAAGGACAUGCUCCAGGCUCUCCGGACUGCAAAAAGGAAGCUCUCAAAGUAUUAUACUACUACUGAUUAUGAACCAUAUGGGGAUAUCUAUGCACUUGCAAUGAUCCUUUGCCCAUCAAAAAAACUUCGAUAUUUUGCAUCAACAGACUGGCAAGGUGAAAUUGACUAUGUCAUGGAGUUCCCAAGCAAGAGUUUCAUCGAUACAAAGAGAUACUUCGACAUGAUUCAGAUACUGCAGUCUUGCAAGAUGCCACUGGAGAGAACCCAGAUGAUGAUUCUUGUUAUCAAGGAGCAUCUUUCUGUUGGAGAAGCUGCAUUGUUGGAUCAAGCUCAGAAACCAAUACCCCAGCUUGAAACUCUUGAACCAAUUAGUGACAAUGAAGAGGAAGAUCAAGAGCCUGGAAUCGAGGAUAUGCCACAGAUAGAAAGCUGCGAUGAUGAUUCAGACGGUGGGAAGACUGGUCAGAGUAAUCAACUACAGUGUAAACGAUCAAGGAAACAAUUAUCUGAGGCAGUUGAUGACGACGACGAUGGCCUUCCAGAAAUGCCAAUAUAUGAGGGCACACAAGGACGGUCAGGGCGGAUUCGGAAGCAACCAAGGUUACCUGAUGGAUUUCAGAUUGAUUUAAGAUAG